AUGGGCUGCUGUGCUGGAGUGCAGGCAAUAUCUGAAGGAAGGUUGUUUGUGGUGAAGGACGCUGGAAUAUCCCUCUCAUUAAUGCCACUUUUGAACCAGAAGUGGCUGAACAGAUACAAAGGAUCUAUAUUAACAAGGAUAAGCAGUGAUAAAUUGAUUUGGUCCUUGACUCCUCAUGGGAUGUACACGGCUCAGUCUUUUCAGAAACUCCUUCGUUCCAGUGCCGCAGAACCAUCCUCUCGCAAUGACAAUGAUUUCCCAUUGAAACGCUUCUGGGGAGUGAAGUCUCUUGCCCCAAAAAUCCACAAUUUUUUGUGGAGAGUGCUACGAAAUGGUGUUGGAGUGCUUGCAAAAAUUGGCAGUCACAUAGAGGGAGUGCAAAUGGACUGCCCCUUAUGCCGGUGUGCUGUGGAAACAAACGACCAUCUAUUUGUUAAUUGUCAGGUAUCCCGUGCUAUCUUAUUUGCUUCUCCCUUAAAUUUCAGCACCUCCUUUAUCUCAGAGAGCUCUGUGUUAGCCUGUUGUAAGUUUUGGCUGUCGAAACAAGAUGGGUUUGAUAGUUUUUGCAUGGGAGCUUGCCUUUGGCGGGCUAUAUGUAAUGCUCGAAACAAGGUUGUUUUUGAGAAGGCAUCUAUCAAUAUUCAGGCUAUUAUCAAUGAUGGAUUGUUUUGGUUCAACACUUACAAAGGGAGCCAGGAUGACGGUUUAGAAGAAGUUCAGUCCCUGCAUACUGAUAACCAGCAUACUCCGACUGAUGCUUGUUGGAUUCCUCCCCCUCCUAAUGUCAUUAAGGUGAAUGUAGAUGCAGCUGUGGCUUCCAAUUGCUCCUACGCAGCUGCGGUGGCAAGGGACAUGAAUGGAUUUGUUUUGGGUGCAGGUUCAUUAAUUAUAAACACUAAAAUUCCUAUCGUUGCUGAAGUAAACAGCUCCCUCUUGGCUUUUACUCUAGCUCAUCGCCUGGAAGCUUUAAUAAUUCAUCGAAACGACUUGUCAUCAUCAUCUGAACCUACAACGUCUGAGUCUGGAAUUCUCUCCGUUCCCUCUUGUUUGUUUUGA